AUGGCCACUGGAUCGUUGACUAGGGAUCCAGAGGAUUUAGUGAAGAAUAAGGCAGCUGACGCUCAGAGGCAUCUUCAAAUGAUUGGAGCAAAGACUGGGAAGAAGCAAACAGAACAAAGAAACUUGGGAUAUGACACUCUGAGAUCAGUCACAACGUUCAUGAGCUUGAUUGUGAUGCAUCACAAUGGACAAGUGAUGAAGAUUCUCGUGGGUUGGAGAUGGAAAUCAAUCGGGGGAUUAGAAUGGGCGAAGAAGUUGAGCCAUUUGGUGAAAGGAGUUGCCACUUAUGCACAAACUCUGCCUGCAAUUUUAGUGACUUGA